UUCCUCCCAACAAACCCCACCUGCUCCUCCGGCGCACCCCAUUGCCACGAUUCUCAUCCCCUCCGAUCCACCUUGUGCUGUGCCGCUCCACACCACCCGGCUUCUUCCUCCGCCGGCGCCGCCCCACCAGCAUCCGGCUUCUUCCACCGCCGGUGCCCUACACCAGUCGUCCCCCUCCCCACCUUCUUCCACCUCAAGGCGACGGAUCCGAGCCGGCAAAACGUACCCUUGUGCGGCCACGACCAGCCCCAGCCGCGACAUCCGGCGAUGAUGGACCGGUCCAUGGCGGUGUGCUAAGGGCUGGAUCUUGACUGGGCGGCUGAUGUCCAUGGCGCGGCGACGCGGGGUCGUGCUCCUCCUGGAGAUCAGCCCGGUCGGCGCCGCCGGCCAAACCUCACCUAACCCCGGAUCCACACCGCCCCCGCGGGAAUCAGGUGGAGGGAAGCCAGGUCGAUGCGGCGGUGGUUGCUUUCCACUGCAGAUCCCACGGUGGUCCCUCCCCACAUUGACGACCACCAUAAUGGCGAGAUCUCGCCUGGCCCUCCCUUCCCAUGACUUCCAGCGGCAGCGUGCCGUUGCAGUCCGCCGCCCUUAGACAGUCCCACGGAGCAGCUAUCACUUGGUCCGCAACGUCUCGGAACAGCGUCGGGGUAUGGGCGCUCCUUCCCUGCAGCCCGGCGACCGUACCUGUGCAGUCCAUGAACAAGGUCGUCAAGUUGAAGAGCAGCCGGUGUGGAGCCCCUUUCCAACGAGCACAUCAUGCAGUGCUGUUGAGCAUGGCGUGCAGUGCACCUCAACCGCGGCCCAUGCGGGUGCAGUUCGCUCCACUUCUCGUCGAGGUUCAGCUCACCCGGUGUUGCAGUGCACCUGGGAGGUUUUCUUCUCCUCAAGAGCCUGGAGUUCUGUCGUCUUGCCUCACCCUGCUCACCUUCUACCUCUUCAGAAGCGGGCAUCGGCGGCUGGCCUACAGCGCAGCCAUUUCCAUCCCCAUCCCGCCCCGUGUGUGCUCAUCAUCUCUUUGUUCUUUGUGCGCUCAUCCUCAACCACGACGGCAUUUGCCCUACGAUGGGGACUCCGAUCACAGUUGCAGUGGGCCCGAGGCCCCAUCAUCGCGUACUGCACCAACCGGCGAGCCAGUGGAGACAGGCUCCCGACCUCUCCAUCGACGAGCAGUCAACGCCGCGCUGCUUGAAGUGUGAUGACUCAAGAUCCUUCCUCCUUGGUGCGCUGCUUGAAGUGUGAUGACUCAAGAUCCUUCUUCCUUCAUCUCGUGGCAUGCAGUUCUGUAAUUGUGGUCGUGCAUCCCAUCACGGCUAGCAUUUUUUAAUGUAUC